GUUUUGGACCUGCACAUUGCCGUUAGAGUCGCAGAACAACAAAGGAGAGGUUUUCUUUUAAUAGCUGUAAGGAGCUAAGCUAAUUCUUCUUCCAAACAUUACAGGGUGACACGUCAUGGGGAAACACAACAGCAAGCUGGCUCCAGAGGUCCUGGAUGACCUGACCAAGAACACCGAAUUCAACGAAGCAGAGCUGAAGCAGUGGUACAAAGGCUUCCUCAAAGACUGUCCCUCUGGGAUCCUCAACCUGGAGGAGUUUCAGCAGCUCUAUGUAAAGUUUUUCCCAUAUGGCGAUGCUUCCAAAUUCGCACAGCAUGCAUUUCGGACAUUUGACAAGAACGGUGAUGGGACCAUCGACUUCAGAGAGUUUAUCUGUGCCCUUUCCAUCACCUCCAGGGGCAGCUUUGAGCAGAAACUCAACUGGGCCUUUAACAUGUAUGAUCUGGAUGGGGAUGGAAAGAUUACUCGUAUGGAGAUGUUGGAGAUCAUUGAGGCCAUCUAUAAGAUGGUGGGAACUGUGAUCAUGAUGCGAAUGAAUGAGGAUGGGUUGACCCCUCAGCAGCGUGUGGACAAGAUCUUCUCAAAGAUGGACAAGGACCACAAUGAUGAGAUCACCCUGGAAGAGUUUAAAGAGGCUGCAAAGUCUGACCCCUCCAUUGUCCUACUGCUGCAGUGUGACAUGCAGAAGUAG